GCGCCGGCUUCGCAACAGACACUUGCAGCAUCAUCAGCUGUGUGCGUGCGGUAGGCGGGCCCCGAGCACUCUCCACAUGCCACUUUGGAGAAGAUUACUAGGAUAAUUUAGCGGGGAAACACAUGACAGCGAGGCUGCGGGGAGGGAAGGCGCUCGGACGUGUCGCUGGACAGAAGAGGCGAGACAAGAGGGUCGAGACAGAGCCGAGCUGCGAGCGGAGGCGAGAGCUGCGUGGAGAUAUUUGGAGUUGGAAGAGGGCACCGCUACUUCCCCUGAUCCCAGGAGGAGAAUCAAAACAACACUUUCAAAGCACUUACUACAGUCGGGUAUUUACACAUUUCAAAGGACAGAAUAUUAGUUAUCCGAGGAGACAUGAGUGAGGAUAAACCAGCUGAGACGGUGGAAAAUUCCUCGGCGGAGGCGAACACUAUUCCUAAUGGGAAGGGCCAUGAACCCGGAGAGAUCACAGCAUCUGCAAAAACGCCUCCUGCAGAAGACUGUGAAAACACUUGUAGUGAAACUCUAGCCAAUAGCACCCAGAAUGUUAGCCCUCACAGAACAGAAAACACAGAAGCCAGCCUCCCAGAGAGCCAGGAGUUCCUAUCAGGGGCUGAAGACAAGAAAACAACACGCUUCACGGAUUUUGAAGGGAAAACCUCCUUUGGGAUGUCUGUCUUCAACCUGGGGAAUGCCAUCAUGGGAAGUGGAAUUUUAGGACUUGCGUACGCCAUGGCCAACACAGGCGUCGUCCUGUUUCUGUUGCUCCUCACAGUGGUUGCCGUUCUCUCGUCAUAUUCCAUCCAUUUACUGCUAAAGUCAUCUGGUAUUGUAGGUAUUCGAGCGUAUGAGCAGCUUGGCUACAGGGCCUUUGGGACCCCGGGAAAGAUGGCAGCAGGAAUCGCCAUAACGCUCCAGAACAUUGGAGCCAUGUCCAGUUAUCUUUACAUAGUCAAGUAUGAGUUCCCGUUGGUCAUCCAGGCAUUUCUGAAGGUAGACAACCCUGCAGGUGAAUGGUACCUGAACGGAAACUAUCUGGUCAUUAUCGUCUCUGUGGCAGUGAUAUUACCGCUGGCUCUGAUGAAACAGCUAGGAUACCUGGGAUACACCAGUGGGUUCUCCCUGAGCUGCAUGGUUUUCUUCCUCAUUUCUGUCAUCUACAAGAAGUUCAACCUCCCUUGUCCAUUCGUGGACUUCUCCUAUAACAGCACUGGCAGCGUGCUGAAUGUCACUGCCGCUGGCGCUGGAGGCGAGGACAACCCGGCCUGCAUUCCCAAGAUGGCCAACCUCAACACACAAACGGCCUACACCAUUCCAAUCCUGGCGUUCGCCUUUGUGUGCCACCCUGAAGUCCUCCCCAUCUACACAGAGCUGCGCAAUCCCACCAAGAAAAAGAUGCAGCAUGUGUCCAACAUCUCCAUCGCAGUUAUGUACAUCAUGUACUUCCUGGCUGCUCUUUUUGGAUACCUGACUUUCUAUGAGGAAGUGGAAGCAGAGCUGCUUCACACCUACAGCCGCAUUGACCCCUAUGACACUUUAAUCCUGUGUGUGCGUGUGGCUGUACUCACUGCUGUCACACUUACGGUACCAAUCGUGCUCUUUCCUGUAAGGAGAGCCAUCCAGCAGAUGAUGUUCCCUAAUAAAACCUUCUACUGGCCUCGUCACAUUGCGAUUGCCAUCACUUUGCUCACGUUCAUCAACCUGCUAGUCAUCUUUGCCCCAAACAUCUUGGGCAUCUUUGGGAUUAUUGGUGCCACGUCCGCUCCCUGUCUCAUCUUCAUUUUCCCCGCUGUCUUCUAUAUCCGUAUCGUACCCAAAGAAGAGGAGCCUCUACGCUCAGUUCCAAAAAUCCUGGCCGCCUGUUUCGCUGGGAUCGGGUUCCUAUUUAUGAUAAUGAGUCUCAGCUUUAUCAUCAUCGACUGGACAUCAGGCAGCAGUAAAGCCAGCAGUGGCCAUUAGACACUUACUGAUGAUGUGUGUUUUGUUUCUGCUUUUGUAUCGUUGAUUUGGAUUUGUGUUGUAAUGUUACUAUUUUUGACGUCCAAUCACUGAUGUUUAAAGACGCCCUUCCUUUUCUGUAAGAGAAUAUCUCCCACAGAGACAACAGUAUUUUUAUUUUAUUUUUUUUGGUAAGGGGAGAGGGAACUCUCCCCUAUCUAAACGCUUUUGUCCUGAUGGAGAUAAAUUGUACUGUACAUCCUACCAAACAGUAACAGUGGAUCUGGGCCGGUAACAGUGCUUGGACAGCUAACAGUUAAUUUACUGAAGUGCCAGAUGUGUUGUGAUUGACGGUGACACUUGGAGGCUGAGAGUUGUGGGGAGAAAGUGGAAAAGCAAAGAAAAAGUAAGCUCUAGUCCUGAGGGGAUCUAGAAUAGGAAAAAAAACUACAAAAUACACAGAUAGUUUGACUCGUCUCCUGUUUACCAGCUAAUGUAAAAUGAUUUAUAUAUUUUUUUAGAAUUUCUGUACUGAUGAUUAAUUAUGCAAUUAUAUCUUUUCAUAGCAGUUGCACUUUAAAAGUGUAAAAGACAAUUAUCGCUAAAUUUUGGCCACUACUACUGCGAGCACACUCUUUACUGAGGAUAAAUACGUGGCCAAUUAGUUCAGCGGAUGAAGCUCGGAUGCGCAGGUGUUUCUUCAAGGUGGGCCACCUAAACAUUAUGCUCCUCUAACUCCUGCUGCUGCGCUUUAUUCUGUAGCUUAAGGCUUUCAUACAUUCUCUCAACCCUUCCUGUUGACCAGGAUGUAAAACUAAAGCACAGUUACAUCUGUCUUAUAAGAUAUAGCCUAAAAAGCAUGUGUAUUUUUAUUUUUACUAGAUGAUAAGGCUAAGGCUGAUUAGCUGGUUCUGGAUACCCUGGCAGAAACGUUUUAAAUUCUAUCAUCAUAGCACAAUACAUGCAAGAAUGCCCAUACGGUGUAGGUAUUCCUUGUUUUCAGUGUUGCCUUGUUAAAGGACAGGUAGAAAUGGUACUGAGGACCUCGUCUGUUGGACUGCUUCGAGUUGAAAAGAUGACUGCAAUGCAGAGAACACUGCUGACGAUCAGGGUGUCUUAUCAGCAAGGCCUGGGGAUGUGUUUCCUGGAGGGUUUGAUUAAACCGUUUUCAGUCAUUUGUAACGCAAGAUGACCAAAGCGUACAGCGCCUUGCGAUGUUGCUCUUUGUUACAUUUGUCACGAUUCAACCGUGAACGACAGUAUCUUAUGUCAACGUCUCAUUGGCCAACGCACAUCCUUAGCACAUAAUUAGGCACGUGGACAUAUGAGGAUGCAUGGUUUUAAAGAUUUUGUACAACUAAAAGUUUAAAAAGUGUUUGUAUUCAGGCCUUCUGAGUCAAUGUUUUAUCACACCCCCUUUCACUGCAUACCUGAUGCAGUCUUCUGGGGGGUGUCUACUAGCUUUACAAGUAUAGAUACUGUUGUUGUUUUUUUUGGCUAUUCUUCUUCACAAAGCAGCUCAAGCCCAAGUCAAAUAGUACAACUAUUGAGCAACUAUAAAAAAUUUUCAGCCCUUGCCACAGAUUUUUCAAUUUUUAUUUUGUUUUGGUUUAGGGGUUAUUGUGAAGCUAGGAGGAGGACUCCGUUUACUGAUUAGUUGACCUGUGAAGGCAACUGGAUUCAAUUUAAGGGUAUGAAUAUAAAGAUAUCCUUGUGGAUGUUAAUUGGUUGAAUUAACCUUGUGUUGUUUUCCUUCUACUUCACAAUUCUUCUCCUUUUUGUGCUGGUCUAUCACACAAAAUCUCUUUGAAACUCACUGACAUUUUUGUUGUUGCCUGAAAAAUAAAAUAGAAAUUAAGGGGUAUGAAUCGGUUUCUGCAAAGUACCGGGGAAAAAAACAAAACAAAAAAAAACAACCCCACCAACAACAGGGUCAUUUACCAAGGAGUUUACUGUCAGUGACUGAAAAUAUUAGCACAAGCUUAAUUCCUAACACCAGUGACAGACAGGUCUGUCUCAACCAUAGGGUGUCGGUUUUUAGGAGGCGGUUAGCAAGAGCACUUUUACUUUUAAGAGCACAACAAUGUAGAUGGGUUAAGGAGAUGAAAUGCAAACAAAUACAUCUGCCAGAUGUGACUUAAGGGUAAGCCCCAUUCGUUUGACUCAACCUUUGAUUGUUCUGCCUAACCUAGUGGCUUUGUAUCGUGUUUAUAGGUGUCAAAUAUCUCCUGCAAUAACUCUCAUCAAAGUUAACAUUCCUUAGAGAUGAGCAUUAAUACGGUCCUGUAACGUGCUCCCUGAAUAUGAAGAAUAAUUUAUUGGAUGUUUUGUUGGAGGUUUCUGGGUGUCUGUGUUAUCUGGAAAAGAGAAAACAUGACUCCGCUGUAAGUGAACCAUAAUACCUUCAUGCAUUCGUGUGGUUUAAACUCCCACCUACAGUAUAAUCCCAUCCUAGCUAUAUAAUAAAUCUAGUGUUUGUCGUCUAACCGUCGAUGGGUGAACCGUUGUUUUAAACGUCAUGUUGGAUGUUUUAUCUGGAUAUUUCGGGUGAAUCCGAGUCCGUGAAGAAAUGCAAGAUGAUUGUUUUUCUCGAAUUUGAUUUGUUUUUUUAAUAUAUAUAAAUAUAUAUAUACAGUGAGUGGUUUAUCAUCAUCGGUGGUCACGUCUGUCUUCCUCGCUGCUUCUUGGCAGACACAAACCUAUACGAACUCGGAGUUGUUAGGAAGCUGCUGAGCUUGCCUGCACAUCAUUAUUUUCUUUAUGAUAAAAUAUCUUACACCAGACUUCUAAAAGUGCUGUAUGGAUAUAUUAAUAUUGUCUUGUCUGUCUUUUGUUACACAACAAACCUCUUUUAAUCCCUUUUUGUUAUCUUACAUAUGUUCGGUUACUUUUAUGUGUUUGUCUGCAGAGAAAUCAUCUGAAUCGGCCACUGUAGCAUAACAAAGUGUUUGAUGAUCAGCUAAUUUAUGCUUUUAUUUAUCCCUUUCCUUGUUUGAACCUAAUGUUUGGCGGAAGCAUAAGUAGGCCAUUUGAUUUAAGAAUAAUAACGAUAACAUUGCACAAAGAUAUGUCUUUACACCAUGCAAAAAAAGAACUGACAAUUAAAAACUGACAAAUUAAGCAACAGUAUAUGAGGUUACAAAAUGAUCUCUAAGGAGACCUCAGUGUUGAUUGUGUGAUUUCCUAAUAUGCAUUUGAUUGAACAGCCUAACAUAUUGAAUAAAUAAUGACAUCAGCCAGCAUUUAUAAAUAAUGUAUAUAAAUGUACGCCCUUUAUAUUCUAUAUUCAUAUCUAGUUUGUAUAAUGUAAAUAGCAAUUAAAGAUCUAGUCAGAUUAAAAAGAGUAUUAUGUAAUCAUUUUUCAAAGUGCUUUUAAACCUUGUUGUCCUUCAAUUUAUGUCUUAUUUUCUUGUUUCUCUAUAUUUUAAUAUGUUGCUGGCAGUUAUUGUACUGUAAAUGAUGUUGCAAUAAAGAUAAUGGGGUAACACGA